UUUUUUUUUUUUUUUUUUGUAAAAUAAAACAUGGAUUGGAAUAUAGUAGUGUUAGAUGUUGAAAGAAUGAUUUGUAUAAAGGAUGGUUUUUUUUUCUUUUAUUUUAUGAAAAGAGAUCAAUUUAUAUUGUUAAUUACGAGAGAGAAACACCAAAGAUGCUGCCACCAGUCACUUUUUUUUUUUCACUAGUCAACGAACUUGUAAAAGAAAAAUCAAUAUCCAUAUUUUUUUUUUUUU